UUUCAGUGCGAUUCUUGUGCUCAAAGCGUUCGGCGACGUCGAGACAGAGACCGACGACAGCGACGGCUGUCCAAUUGAUUAUUGUUUUUUUUUUGUCUCUUUUUGUUGUUGUGUUUAAGAAUUUGUUGCUGUUCCACACAGGCACACACAGAUACAGAUACAGAUACAGAUACAUAUACAAGUAUAUCUAUAAGCAUUUAUACGCUUACUGUUGGAAGCAGCAGGCCGGUGUGAAUAGAUACAAACAAAUUUUGAAAUACAAAAAAAAAAAAGAACAGCGUCCGUCGACACAAACACAAACGAUGGCCAGCGCCCAACAGGUCAUGGGGCACGAGAUCUCGCCGGCUCGACGGGCCGCCUUUCAAGUGCUGGCCGGCGGCUCUGCCGGUUUCCUAGAGGUGUGCAUCAUGCAGCCGUUGGAUGUGGUUAAGACACGCAUGCAGAUUCAGGCCCGGCCAACGGCCACUGGUGAGGUGCACUACAAUGGGGUCUUUGAUUGCUUCGCCAAGAUGUAUCGGCAGGAGGGCAUCUCCUCUUUCUGGAAGGGAAUUUUGCCACCCAUAUUGGCCGAGACCCCGAAACGCGCCAUUAAGUUCCUGACCUUCGAGCAGACGAAACAGUUCUUCCAGUUCGGCUCACCACAGCCGACGCCGCUCACUUUCUCGCUGGCUGGUCUGACGGCCGGCACCAUCGAGGCCAUUGCCGUCAAUCCGUUCGAGGUGGUGAAGGUGGCGCAGCAGGCGGACCGUCAGAAGAAGAUGGUCGGCACCUAUGCGGUCGCUCGAGAGAUUGUGCAGCGCGAUGGAUUCGGACUGAGUGGCCUCAACAAGGGCCUGACCGCAACUAUGGGACGCAAUGGGGUCUUCAACAUGGUCUACUUCGGUUUCUAUCACAGUGUGAAGAAUGUAGUGCCACCCUCCGAGGAUCACACAUUGGAGUUCUUGCGCAAGGUCUGCAUUGGCUUUAUAGCCGGAACACUGGCCUGCUUCGUCAACAUACCCUUCGAUGUGGCCAAGUCGCGCAUCCAGGGCCCCCAGCCCGUGCAGGGCGUGAUCAAAUAUCGUGGCACCCUCAGCUCUAUGGCAUUGGUGUACAACGAGGAAGGCUUCCGUGCCCUCUACAAGGGUCUGGUGCCAAAGAUUAUGCGUUUGGGUCCGGGCGGUGCCAUUCUAUUGCUGGUCUUCGAGUAUGCCUACGAAUAUCUGUGCACCAACUUUCCCUAAUGGAUAGCCAUAUUGCCAAAUUCUUUGUUAUUUUCUUCUUCUUUUAUCUAAGCCGGCGGAUAAGAUCACUCAUCUCCUAUACUUACUUUGAUCGACUUACUACCUUAAUACAUACAUAUCUGUGUAUGUAUGUGUAUGCCAAUGCAUUUUCUUAAGAUUGUGUGACUUAAGGCUUUUGCUGUUGAAAUUAAAUAGAUAUAUGUGUAUGUUUAAGCAUUAA